CCCUGCGCCCCAUGCGAGCGCGCCCUGCUCGGGGCCCCGGCUCAGCCGCCCCGGAGGCCCAAGCCGCGCGCAAACUUUUGCUUCAGUGCCCGGCGCUCCUCCCCGGCAUGUGAAGCCCCCGGGCGCCCGCGCAGUCGCCAGGUUCGCCCCGGGAGCGGGUGCCGCGAGCCAAGAUGCUCCUCCGGGACCUGGUGCUGCGCCGUGGCUGCUGCUGGCCCUCACUGCUGCUGCACUGCGCGCUCCACCCGCUCUGGGGCUUCGUGCAGGUGACGCACGGUGAGCCCCAGAAGUCCUGCUCCAAGGUGACCGACAGCUGUCAACACAUCUGCCAGUGCCGGCCCCCUCCCCCGCUGCCCCCGCCACCCCCGCCCCCGCCGCCCCCCAGACUCCUCUCUGCCCCAGCUCCCAAUGCUACCUCGUGUCCCACUGAGGAAAGCUGGUGGUCAGGGCUGGUGAUCAUCAUCGCGGUAUGUUGUGCCUCCCUCGUGUUCCUCACUGUGCUUGUCAUCAUUUGCUACAAAGCCAUAAAAAGGAACCAGGCCAUGUAGGCAGCCGUUUGCGCCCAUCUCCUCCUGCGCCAGGGUGGAAAGGCCUUUCUUUGAUUUAGCAGAACCUCGCUGGCUGGCUCAGAGCAGGGCCAGGCUGGGUCCCCUCAAACCUCCCUAGCAUUUCUGGAGCCCCGCGUGAUACACAUUAGGUGGGAAGUCUGUGCGGACUGAGAACACUGGCUGCUGCUGACAGGAGCAGCUCCCCGCUGACACCUUUCCAGCAGCAGUACUGAGAGCUAACGAACACUUACAGAGCACUUACUGUAUGCCAGAUGCUCAUCUAGGGGCUUAACACAAAUUAACAUAUUUAAUCCUCCCAACAAACUUAUGAAAUGGAUAGCAUUAUUGCGCCCAUUUUAUAGACCAGGAAACUGAGGCAUAGCGAGGAUAACUGGCUUGCCCAAAGUCACACAGCCGGAAAGUGGUGCAGCCGGGGAUUACUGAGUUUGACAUCUGCCUCCUGGCACAUUCGCAGCCUCACCCUCAAGAGCCGGGCAUAGAGGAAGGAUGGAGAAGGGGUUCAAGGCAGAGCCAUCUCUUGCUGUAGGUAAAACUCCAGCUUCCACUGGGCUCCAGUGAUCCCCAGAAGGGUUUUGGGAGUGGGCUGGGGGAGUAGCCCAGGGAGCAGGAUGGUUGGGGGCUCAGCUCCAGGGAAGAUGGGGGCAGACCAAGUUUACUUCUCAGGAGAGCCCUUGGGACAGCCACUGUCUCCCCUCACCAUGCCCGGGCUCUUGGAAGGCUCCCGAGGCAAUGCAGUGCCAGCCAAAAGCUGCCUUCUUUGCUGGGUGGAGGCCCUGCCCAGACACCCCUUUCCUGCCUGGGAAGCUGUCUGAGCUGUGGCGAAGGCCCUGGAGCCGUCUCCCUGCCCUGACCCCAUGUCCCUCCAGCCAGCUGCUCUGAGCCACCGCUUCCCCUCAGGCCCCGGGAAGGCAAAGGAGUCUCCAGCCAGCGGCCUGGCUUUAGAGAUCUCAUCUCUUCUCCUGGCAGAAGGAAUCCUUCUCAUUUCCUCCCCUCUCCCUAAAAAGGGCAGGAACUCUGUGCCCUCCAGGUUUUGCCCUUCCAUGUGAAUUCCAGACCCCUUCCAUCUCUUCAUUAUCCACCCUUGAAGGCCUUAAGCCUCAUCUCCCCUGACCUGGACCCACUGCAGUUAAUUUUUCAGGCCUAGCCCAAGACUGAAUAUUUUUUAGGGAGAAAAGCAGUGUGGGUUUGGGCCCAGAGAUUUUUGCCUCUGAAAAUUUUCUGGAAUCCUGAUUCCAAUGUCCAUUCUCCCCCUCCCCCUGUAUACUGAUGAUAAAUUUGGGAAUCUCACUGAAGUCCAUUGUGGCCUCAUGUUAGGGGCGACAUAGGAACUCACUGUAAGAAGAUGCACCCCCACCCCCAAUUUUCCAGGCCAGGCAACCUCAGUGUGCCAGAAAUCAAGCCCACUCAGCAAGGUCAGAGCUGCUUGAAGCCCCUGGAAAGGGGUGGGUGGGACAGGAGGAAGGGUAAGGGAGACAGAGGGAGAAGGGGCCAAGGCAGAGGUCCACUCGGAGUCUGUCUGUCAUUUCCACGAGCCCUUCACAAGGCAACUCAUCUGAGCCCUUUCUGAGUUCCAGGAAGUGUCUAUAAGCACCUGCAUAAAGGGGGUUUUGGACCAUAGAACAUGGCAGGUGCUGGGUGAAUGCAAAAUGAAACAGGCUUCUUGGAGGACUUCUGAGAAUUUUUGGGAAUCUCCAGGAGGAGGUGGGAGGAGGGCCCUCCCAAGCUGACUGGACCGCAGAGCCCAUUUUGGGGUGUGGGGAAUGCCUGCUUUAUCACCGGCAGUGGCAGAAUUCUGAUUUAGCAGAAAGAUGUCUGGACCAGGGUAUGAUAGUAGUGGUUGGUGAUCUAGGCCCCAGCACAAACUAGCUGGGGGUCUUUGGGCAAGCCACAGCUCUCUAAGCCUCAGUUUCCCCAUGAUCUGACUCUCAUAACUUCAGGCCUAGAUUCUUCAGGGGACCAUUGUGCGACGGGAAGAGAGAACGUGUGGCUGAUGGUAGUGUUGUCUCUGAACACCCAUGAAAUUACUGAUAACCACCUCCCAGACCCUCCCUCCCCCUAAACUAAUCACAUUGGGCUUUAUUCCAUAGGCAUCAAACUAGUCACCAUGGACCAGUCCUUAUGCUGGGUUUGGGGAGGCUCCAGGGACAUUUGAGAAGGCAGAAGCAAUCAAUCCCUGGGUUUUCAAUGAUGACCAUAAAUAUUCAGUUUAGACAACACACUAUAAAGGCCAAUUCAGGCUCAGCCCCAGCAUUACUGGGGAUACAGGAGGUGUCUGAGCCACCACCUCAGGGGCCUGAGAUCCCCCCGAGAGACAGCAGUGUUGUGACACGGGAUCGGGCUACACAGCAUGUGCGGCGCGGACCUGUCAGGAGGCUGUGGCCGCUCAGGCCUGGAGCUGGGGGUGGAAGCCCUCCUCAACCACUCAAAAGAGAAAGUGGACUUUGAGCCAGGCCAGAAAAUAGCACUGUGAAUUCAGGGUCUUAGCAAGUGGGCAAGAGCCUUCUCAAAGCCUCCCUCCCAGCUUCCCUGAUGCCCUGUGUGCAUAGGAGGAAUGGCUCUUGGGGUUAAAGGGCCUCUGGAAUGAGCUUCAAAUGGCUCAACAUGAAGGAUUUGAGAUCCACUAGUGUGCACUAAGCUAGUUUGGACAUACACCAUCAUCAUCACUACCAAUACUACCAUUUCUGCCACCAUCAUCAUUGGCCUACCAUCAACGGCUCCACCAUCACUGCCUCCACCACCAUCGCUAUUCCCACCGUCAUCACCGCCACCUACACCACCAUCACUAUUACCACUAUCACCAUCAUCACCACCACCACCAUCACCACUACCAUUACCAUCUCCACCACCACUUCCACCCCUAUUACUAUUACCACCACCUCCACCCACCAUCACCACCUCCUGUACCAUCCAUGGCAGCACUACUGUCAUCACCCCGAUUACCACCUCCACUGCCAUGACCACCAUCCACUUCAUCACAUUUUCCACUUGCCUUUGACCACACAGAUAAGACUGCAGAAUCCAGCCAUGAACACCUCCGCUUUUAACUGUCUGCACUCUAAAUACUCAUCUUCAUGUCUCUUUGCUCAUCAUCAAAGAGAUAAAGCCUGACCGUACAUCAUACUGGGCUGAGUGUGCAUCCUGGUGUGUGUAGAACAGUUCCAAAUCAUGCCCGUUGCCCCUGCUGCAUUAUUCAUAGCUCCCUCUUUCACUCAACUCUGCCCUGGUUUGCUUGACACAUUACAUGGUCACCCUAGUUAAGGCUAUGGUCCAACUUCUGAUGGACCCCCAAGGAAGCUAACCCAAAACAAAGCCCGGUGGGGUAACUGGGAGGACAUGAGACUCCCUGCCAGUUAUUGAAAACUAAUGGAUGUCCCUGCAUCCCCAUCCCCUGCCUUCCCCGCCCCUCCACCCGCUCCCAGGAAACCCCUGAGAAAGGAGGAGAACGGCACCGGUGUCGCUGAGUAUCCCAUGACCUCCUCACAGA